AUGCCGCUGCCUGCGAGGGCAGGAACGCGUCGUGUCCGCGGUCCAGGCCUCCGUACGUGCCAGCCCGCCGGCGUGCUGGAAGAAAUUCUUCAAUAUGAGGGUGCUGAGGCGCUGGCACAGGUUGCCCAGAGAAGAAGAAUUGUAGGUGAUGAUGAUGGAGGAAAGCUCUUUACCCCUGAGGAAUACGAAGAGUACAAAAGAAAAGUUGUGCCAAUUCGGCUACAGAACAGGCUGUACGUGAGCUGGAGAUCACCAACCGGCAUGGACUGUAAGCUUGUGGGACCGGAGACACUGUGCUUUUGUACUCACCGGUAUAAACAACACAAAACAGACUAUGAAGUGAUUCCCGAAGACCGUCCUAUUUGUGUGCCUUGUAGAGUGAGCCGUUGUCCAUGCCGGUCCUACCACUACGUCCCUCUAAAUGGCACACAGCCCAUCCGUUGCAGAUGCAAACACUUUGCUGACCAACACAGUGCAGCACCUGGAUUUUCAUGUAACUCUUGUUCCCAGUGUUCGGGCUUUCAUAGUUGCUUUACUUGUGCAUGUGGUCAGCCAACAUAUGCUCAUGAAACAGUUGUGGAAACUAAAGAAGAGCGCGUAGCCCAAGGAAAGCCUGUGGGGCAGGAUGUUCCUUUUGCUGCCAUGGGAGGACUGACUGGUUUUAGUUCACUAGCAGAAGGCUACAUGAGACUUGAUGACAGUGGUAUAGGGACUCCUUCUGCUGAACUAUUAGAAUCCCCCGUUACCAGCAUGGAUCAUCCAUUUCUCAGAGCAUUUCAGGAACCUUCUAGUUCUGCUCAAACCAUCCCACAGAUAGCAGGUGGUUCUAGUGGCACAAGGCAAGUUUCUCAUGGAAAGUGUUCAGAACAAGAUGACAUGGCUUACUUUGAGAAACGUUAUCAAGAACGGCUGAAAAAGGAGAAGGCUGCUAAACAGAAAGAGAAAAGUGCGAUGCCAUCAAAGAAGCCAUAA